AGAGUGGUUUUGAUUUUAAUGGUGCUUCGCAAUCGUUCAAUGUCUUAGCUGAAUACCUGUUUGGUAAGAAUACCACAAAGGAGAAAAUGGAGAUGACCACACCGGUUUUUACCCGUAAAGCUCAAUCUGACGGAGAGAAAAUGGAAAUGACAACUCCAGUUAUAACAAAGAGGGUGGAAAAUGAAGAUAAGUGGAAGAUGUCCUUUGUCAUGCCCUCAAAAUACGGUGCCAAUUUGCCAUUGCCUAAAGAUCCAUCUGUAAAGGUCAAAGAGGUUCCAAAGAAAUUAGUUGCAGUUGUUGCCUUUUCUGGUUUUGUCACUGAUGAGGAAAUUAAGCGACGGGAAUCCAAGUUAAGGGAAGCUUUGAAAGAUGAUAGACAGUUCCAAGUGAAGCAGGGCACUUCAGUGGAAGUUGCACAGGCAAAACAUUCCAAAACAUUCACCAGCACAAUUUUACAUCGACAAUGUUCUGGCUCGAAUCAAGGAGAAGAAGAUAAUGGCCCUGAAGCCUUUUGUUAAUCAACUUGGGUAUGUCAAUGUUCCUCAAGAAAUCAACAGGCUGAGGUGCGGGGUGAACUAUCACGCUCUUAAAUUUCUUCCUGAAAUAGAGCAGAUGGCUGAUUUAUUGGCAUCAGGGAUGAGAAACCGCACCGGAAGUUCCAAUCCUUAUAUGUAUGUACAUUUCCAUUUAAUAGGAACUACUCAAACUCCUGCUUGGUUCUCUCUAACAACUUUCCACUCGGCAGGGCCCUGCAUCUUAGGUUUGAGAAGGGGAUGGUCAGGUUGAAGAGAUACUUGGAGAUGACGGGUGCUGAUGGAGGACCGGCCUUGGAGAAGCUUAUGAGCUUUGCUUGCAUUUUGGGUAAUAAGCUAAGCUACUGCAACCUUCUCUUUCCAGAUCGCUUUGCUUGCAUUUCAAUCGGGUACUUUUGCUUUUGUUCUUUAAUUUUUGCUACUUUUAUUCGAUCAGAUUAUUGAGCACAACAAGUUUGGCAAUGCUUAUUCCUGCCUUAAAGAAAGUUUAGCUUCAAAAAAGAAUUUUUGUUUUUUUUUUUUUGUUUUGGUCAGUUUUGGUAGGGUGGAAGCUGUCGUUUUUGUCAAGGCUUUUGUUAGUUCAUUUAUGAUUGGUCAAUAAUUCAUUUAUGGCGUAGGAAAAGAUCUUACUUACAUUGGAUAUUUGUCGAAUAGGCUGAUAUGUUCUCAUCAGUUGAAUGGCAUAUUAGGUAGUAGUUGCUUUAGAGCAUAAUCUGUUUCAAGAGUGAUUUAGAAGCCUUGCCAGAUUUAGAGCAUAGUCUGUUUUUGAUUAUAUACAUGAUAUUUCCAGAUUAGGUUUUGGCUUAGAACACAUCACUUUGGUUGGCUUAGAACCUACAAAAGAGUAUCAAUAAAUUUUUUGUCGCCGGGUAUCAAGAAAAUGAUAAAGAAAUAUGUCUGGUACCAGGUUUUGGCCACUAGCUCAGCUCCUUCCUAGACACUUAUUUUUUUGAGUAAGUUCUACUCUGGUUUAUAUGUGGUUAAUUGUGUUUCUGUUUAUGUGCAUUAGCAACUCUUAUCGUCAGUGAUUUAUAGGCUUCUAUUGUCUCUAUUUUUUACUUUAUUACCUUGAUGUUUUAUGUACA